CGAACUCUUUGUUACCUUCUCUCUCCUCACGUUACACAUCAGCCCUCAUCCUUGUUUUCCUUUUGUAUAUUGAUGCACUCGACCCUAUAGAUUUAUACAUAUAUAUAUAUAUAUAAUGUCCUGUCCAGACUGCUUCUCCGGCCAUGUCCGCAAAGACACCCCCAAGGGUCACGUCGCGAGUCUCCACGGGCUAGAGACCUAUGUCGCGGAGCCGGAUGUCCCACCGGACCAGGUCAAGGGCAUUGUGGUCAUAAUUCCAGAUGCCUUUGGAUGGGAAUUCGUCAACAACCGAAUCCUGGCGGACCAUUAUGCCGACAUGGGAAAGUUUAAGGUUUACCUACCUGAUUUUAUGAAGGGAACGGCGGCGCCAGUCUGGUCUAUUGAUACACUCCGCGCGCUAUUCAAGACUGGCACUUUAUGGGACUGGGUGACGAAACCGUACCACAUCGCCAACGUCAUCUAUGCCGUCAUCCCAUUCAUGUUCUGCAACCGGCCUGCAAAGUCUUAUCCGAUAGUAGAAUCCUUCUUCACAUCUCUCCGCCAAUCUUCAGAAGGACAUCUGCCUAUCGGUGCGGCGGGAUUCUGCUGGGGCGGGAAACACACGGUUCUCCUUGCCCAUGGGGCAACUACGACCAUGGACGGUGAGAAGAAGAACCUGAUUGAUGCUGGAUUCACGGGUCACCCCAGCUUGUUGGCAAUUCCCGAGGAUAUCGAGAAAAUUACGAUACCUGUAAGCUUUGCCCUGGCGGAGCUGGAUCAUAAUGUCAAAGCGGACAGGAUUGAGGAGGUGAAAAAGGUUAUGGAGGGCAAGGAGGGUGAGGUUAAAGUUUAUUUGGGAGCAGGCCAUGGGUUCUGUGUUAGGGCUGAUAUGGAGGUUGAGGAUUCGGGGAGGCAAGCAGUUGAGUCGGAAGAACAGGCGGUUGAUUUCUUUAAUAAGCGGUUUUCUUCGUAAAUUUAUGAUAUAAUGGGAAUUCACAUUGGUAAUAUGGUGAAAUGAUUUUGGCGUUUUGGUGUAAAACGGACCAUAGCCGGGGAAGGCCUAUUUAAUAUAAUUGGAAUAGUUACAUUGACUAGCUAGAUUGAACUACUUUCUGUUAUAUCAGGUUCAGGAUUCUCGAUGAGGGCCCUCAGUUUCCCGCC